AUGGACGACGAAGCUGAAGCGGCUUUUUUCCAAGCUCAGCAGUCCGAGCCCAUGACUGAGUCGGCCCCCGCCGAGCUGCAGGAGGGCGAUAACUCUGAUUCAGAUGACUACGAUCCAUCGCAAACAUUGGGAGACGACUAUCCGCCUACCGCUCCCGAUGAUACUCCGGCUCACGAUCCUCCCACUGACGCAACCCCCACGCAUGAUAACGCUCUCAAUCUCACCAAUACUACAGGCAUGGAAGCUGGCCCGACAAGCGAUAACCUUGAUCCUUCUCAAGACCCCUCACGUGCUGAGUCUCAGACGUCUACACCUGUUGCACCCUCCGGUGAUGCGGCCGAGCCUCGGACCACAAUGAUCGGGGGAUUUGAGGUUGAAAAUGAUGAGGAUGACAAGGGUGAUGCGGACUAUGAGCCCCCAGCUGUACUUGGAGAUGAGAACGCAAAUGAUAUGACUGUGCCCAUCUCCGAAGAUCUCAGUUCAGGAAAUGCAAUUCAAAACACUUCCCCGGAUGUAUCAUCACAAGCUCCGCAAGGUCCUUUCAGUGCGCCAGAUCCCAAUAGUUCUUAUUCUCCUGCUCGUGCUCAUAAUAUUGAUCCUUCUUCUGUUUCUGGCCAAUCUCACUGGGCUGCGCAGGACGUGCAGCCUGCAAAUAUGCAGGCUAGUACUGAUCCUACCCCUGUACCUGACUCCCCUUCUGCCAAGGGCCGUCUCCCCCAUGACCAUGUGGGAAUCCUGGAGGAUCGCAUCAAAGAGGACCCCCGAGGUGAUAUCCCCGCGUGGUUGGAGUUAAUCGCCGAGCACAGGAGCCGCAACAGACUCGACAGUGCCCGUGAGACCUAUGAACGCUUCUUGAAGAUCUUCCCUCAUGCGGCCGACCAGUGGGUGGCAUAUGCCGUCAUGGAAUCUGAACUUAAUGAACUCUUCCGCCUGGAGCAGCUCUUCAACCGAACGCUUCUGACAAUUCCUAGCGUCAAUCUGUGGGGUGUUUAUCUGGACUACAUCCGUCGCCGCAAUCCUUUGACCACAGAUGCCACUGGACAGGCACGUACCGUCAUCUCUCAAGCGUAUGAUCUGGCAUUCCAAUACGUUGGCAUGGACAAGGACAGCGGAAACAUCUGGACAGACUACGUCGAGUUUAUUCGCUCUGGGCCCGGCACUGUCGGUGGAACGAGUUGGCAAGAUCAGCAAAAAAUGGAUAUUUUGCGAAAAGCUUACCAGCGAGCCAUUGCCGUUCCAACACAAGUGGUCAAUACUCUCUGGAAAGAGUACGAUCAAUUUGAGAUGGGUUUGAACAAGCUUACGGGUCGGAGAUUCUUACAAGAGCAGUCGCCUUCUUACAUGACAGCCCGCAGCUCACACACCGAGUUGCAAAACAUUACUCGCGACCUCGUGCGAACCUCGCUACCCCGGCUACCCCCUGUGCCAGGCUCCGAAGGUGACUUUGAGUUCUCGGCACAGGCCGAAAUCUGGAAGCGGUGGAUCGCAUGGGAGAAGGAGGAUCCCUUAGUUCUCAAAGAGGAUGACCUUCCCGCUUUCCGAGCACGCGUCGUCUACGUUUACAAGCAAGCAGUCAUGGCAUUGACCUUCCUGGACGAGAUCUGGUUUGACGCUGCCGAGUUUUGCUUUUCGAACGAGAUGGAAACUGAGGGCAUCAAUUUCUUGCAACAGGGCAUUGAAGCCAAUCCAGAAAGCUGCCUGCUAACCUUCAAGCGCGCAGACCGCUUGGAAAUGGUCACAGAUGCUGACCAGGACCCCACCAAACGAGCAGCCAAGGUUCGAGAGCCCUAUGACAAGCUUCUUGAUACACUUUACGAGUUGAUCAACAAGGCGCGCGCUCAGGAGUCUCAAGAUGUUGCUCGGAUCGAAGAAUCAUUUGGCCCUCAGAACGCCGAUAAACACGCCGAGGACAGGAACGACGACGAGGAGGAUCCAGAAACAAAGGAAAGAGAGGCAGCCAAGGUAGCUCAAAUCGAGGCAGUUCGCAAAGCCCACGCCGUCCAGAUCAAUCUUCUCUCCAAGACGGUGUCCUUUGCAUGGAUUGCACUCAUGCGUUCUAUACGUCGCAUUCAAGGCAAAGGCAAGCCCGGAGAACUGGCUGGCUCUCGGCAAAUCUUUGCAGAAGCCCGAAAGCGUGGUCGAAUCACCAGCGAUGUUUAUAUUGCCAGUGCUUUGAUGGAGUACCAUUGCUACAAAGAUCCCGCUGCCACAAAGAUCUUCGAAAGGGGCGCAAAGCUGUUCCCCGACGAUGAGAACUUUGCACUCGAGUAUUUAAAGCAUCUCCUCGACAUCAACGACGUCACCAAUGCUCGCGCCGUUUUUGAAACAACCGUGAGAAAAUUGGCCUCGGUUCCGGAGAAUGUUCACAAGGCCAAGCCUAUAUUUUCCUUCUUACACGGGUAUGAGUCCCGCUAUGGCGAUCUCACCCAAGUGAUUAAUCUGGAGAACCGUAUGCGUGAGCUCUACCCAGAGGAUCCUGCCCUGGAACAGUUCGCCCACCGUUACUCCAUCCCUUCAUUUGAUCCCACUACCGUGCGCCCCAUUCUGUCGCCAUCUCAGACUCGUCCUCGGACAACUGUUCCUGGUGGCCCGUUGCAUUACCACGAGUCUCCUAUGGCACGAUACGCAGAACCCUCUCUGAAUUCCCCCAAGAGACCUUUCCCCGUCGAUGACUUUGAUGAGGACACCAACCGUCCACGAAAGUUUAUUCGUGCGGAGUCCCCAAUGAAGAGCGCCCAGGCUCGGCGCCUCGACCAAAGUAAGCGAGUGCAGCAGUUGAACGGUCAAAACACCUCAUACAAGGCUCAAGGCUCUCCGGCCCCUCUACCUCGUGAGGUAGUCAACUUGCUGAGCAUUAUGCCCCCUGCAUCUUCAUACAAUAUUUCCCGGCUGUCUGCUGAGAAGAUGAUCGAUCUGCUUCGCCACAUCGACCUUCCUAGCAACAUUGCCCAGCUUCAAAUUCCCCAAAAUACCCGCGGCCCUGCUCAAAACCCGAACGGGGGCAUGAAUUAUAAUGGUUCCUACCGUUGA